CUGACGUUCAUCAUCGUUUCUUACUUGUCCAUUCGAGCUCGAGUGAAGGGAUUGCAUAGGCGACCUGAAGACAAGGGAACAAUGGAUCACUAUGCUGCGCAACGGCUGCUGUACGAGGAAGUGCCAGCCUCUGCAGACGAGCUGAGCGAUGAGGAGGAAGAAGAGACAUCAGACGACUCUGCCAGCGACGUUUCGUCAGAAGACGCGUUAGCUGACCCAGACAACGACCAAGAUUUCGACCGCCUUGUGCAAUCCAUUCGUCAAAAUGCUCGUACAGACGCAAGCGGACUAGCGCAUGACUGGGACCAGCAGCUCGAGGCGCAGAACGCGACCUUCCGCGACGACCUGAAAGCCGCGUCCGGUAUCGGUCUCAAGCGCGCCAACAAGGGCAAGGGCAAGGGAAAGCGCGCCCCCCGCGCCGGCCCCACGCUCUCACACCAGGUGCGCGCGCUGCUGGGCGACGGCAACCAGGCGUACGUCGACGCCGACCUCCCCGCCGCCAUCCGCCUCAUGAGCGAGGUCAUCCGCAUCGAGCCGCGCGCCGCGUCUGCGUGGACCGUCCUCGCGCAGUGCUACGCAGAUCUCAACAUGCCCGCCCCUGCGCUCCAGCUCCGCAUCAUGGCCGCGCACCUCCGCCGCGAUCCCGAGGAGUGGAUACGGCUCGCGCAGCAGAGUCGCGUUAAUGGCGCUGCCCAGCAGGCACUAUACUGCUACGCGAAAGCGUACGCGGCGGACCCGGAUAACGUCGCCGUGCUGUGGGAUCGGGCGGCGCUGGCGAGGGAGGUCAACGAUCUGCGCGCGGCACGAGCCAGCCUUGUCGCUCUCCUUCGCCGCCUUCCUCAUGACCUGAACGUGCUAGCCGCACUCCGACCCGUGCUUGUUGAGCUCGGCGAUCUCGCUGCAUGUGCCGAAUGCUAUGAGACGGCGUGGAAACAUUACCAGGAAGCUUUUCCGACUGGACAGGCUGGCGCGGACGGUGCUGUCAACCCCUUCGGCGUGCUUGAGAUACUCGUGUUGGCGGACUUGCACAGCGCUCUUGGAGCCCAUCAGCGGGCGAUCCAUGUCAUCAAGACCGGGAUGCGCUGGCUGCAGGGUCGCGGCACACAGGCUUACUGGGAUUCGGUCCCGGAUGACAGGGAAUACGACUUACCCACCAUGAUGACUCGUCCCCUCAACGAGGGCGACAUCCCCCCGGGAUACUUUCCUUUGGACUUGAACGCUCGACAGCGACUGGCGGUAGCGCGAAUAAGGAUGGGAGAUACGGAGGAAGGGAAGCUUCACGCCAGUGUCGUCCUUGCAGAAGAGCCUACAGACUACGCUCCUCUCUUUGCGGAGAUCGGGGACGCGUACUUCGAAAAGGGGCUUUGGGCAGAGGCCAAAGGCGUCUACGAGGUGCUGGGCGGUGAUGUCGGGACGUCGUCCAUCCAGAUUCUCAUGCAGGCGGCCGCGUGCUACCACAUGCUGGGCGAGCUGCAGGAGGCGGCGGAGGUGUACGAGAGUGUCAUCCAAGCGGACCCGACACUGAACGACGCGAAGAUGAAGCUGGCCGGGAUCUACGAAGCCACGGGCGAGGUGCACAGGGCGUAUGACUUGGUGUGUCAAGUCAUCGACUCUCGCAAGCGUCGCGCGCGCGACCCCACGGAUACCCGCGAAGGCACCGCUCGAGAGGGCACGACCGACCCGAACACGUCCCUCUUCGCUGAAGACCGCACCGCCACGGCGCGCAAGGCGCCCAAACCGCGGACCGGGCUGACGCGCGCGCAGCUCGAGGCCAUGGAGAAGGAGAGAGAGAAGGAGGCCGCACAGGGAUGGGCGCGGGUGAAGGAGCUAUGGGGGCAAGUAGUAGGCGGAGAGGAGGAAGGCACCGACAUGGAGAAAGAUGGCGACGUAGCACCUCCGGAGGCCGACGCAGUCGUCAGCGCAGAUGCAAUGGACGUGGAUAGUGAAGCGGACGGGGAUGUCGAAGCAGGAAACAGGCCGACGCAGGACGAUGCGAAGCGCAAGGGCAAGAGACCCGAUCGGGUUACCGCACGAAGAGAGUGGCUGUUGGAGGCGGAGAAGCUGAUCGAGAUGUUUCGGGAGACAAGGCGACUGUUCACGACAGAUCGACAUGGCGACUUCAAAGGCAUCUUCCGCGCUGGCCGAAGGCGGAAACGCACCGCACAAGAAGCGGAGGCGGAAGAAGACCGUAUGGCUUCGAGGCUGCAGAUGGAUCUCGAAAGCAAACGGAGCGGCAAGAAGGCGGGUGUAGACGAGAAGAUCGAGCAUUUCCGAACCAUACACUUUGACGAUUGGUUGAGAAUGACGAUGCAGUAUUGCUUUCUCGUCACGCGCGAUGGCGACUACCCGUUAGCAGAGGAGAUACUGCGGCAUAUGAUGCUCUCCAAUGCGUAUGUCUCGCAAGCGCGGCAAAACACGCUUCGAAUUGCACUCGCCACCUGCGCCAUUGCCGCCCAGCGCUUCGACACCGUCGUCGAGCAGACGCGCAAGGUCGUCUACACACACCAGUUCAAUGACGAGCCCAUCCGGCUGCUCCUGGCAUCCCUCGCCAGUGGCCUGCGGCCCACGGAUGCCUUCAUCCGCGCGACGUUGCAGAAGUUCCUAUUCCGAGAGAUGAAGCUCCGGGACGCGGCGAGCGUGACGCCAGACUUGGUUCGCUGGGUGCCGGGGAGGAGGUGGACGUACGCGGGCGGCGCCGGUGGGGCGAAGGGAGAGGAGGAAGACGACGACGAGGACAAAGGGGAGAAGGACGAAGGGUCGGGCUCAGCGGACAGACCGCCUUUGCCCAAGGAGUAUAGUCCGGUGAACAUGAUUGCGUAUGGAAUGACCUGUGUAGCGGCGCGGAGCUAUCAGAGUGCUCUGGUAUACCUUUUGCAUGCCUACGACUAUAGCCCGGACGACCCAGUGCUUUGCCUCCUCCUUGCGAUUGCGUCGCUUGGGCGUGCGAUGCAGCGACAGGCGGACAAUCGACACCAUCUCAUCGCGCAGGCUCUCGCUUUUUUGAGCAAGUAUAGGGCUGUACGGAGUGGGGUGCGCGGCGGACGGGGGGAGACAGAUUACAACUUUGGUCGUGCGUUUCAGCAGCUGGGUCUCUUCUCCCAAGCAGUGACGCACUAUGAGCGCGUGCUGAAGCGGGCGGAGGCUGGAGAGACAGUUGUCUUCGUCAGGGAGGCAGCGUACAACUUGGCGCUAAUCUACUCGGUGACGGGAGCAAGACCACUUGCGGAUGGAUUGUACAGAAAAUGGCUUUCAAUAUAACACUUGCGUUUGUAUGAUAUCAACGACUAUACUCUGGUCUUGCUGUCCCUCGACUGUGCGCGGGCGCGUAGCUACCUACAUGGUCGUCUUCGUGGUAGAUGACUUUGGCAGCUCGACACAAUGGCCUCUGAUGUUAUACAACAUUCCCAUAACGAAGUCCUUCUUGGUGAUGCGCUUGCG